CUAGGCUGUAUGUUACAUUUCCAGCCCUCUCCUCUCGCUUUCUUUUUUUACGCAGGCACAGCGACACAAGUGCGCACUACCAGAGAGAGAGAUAGAGAGAGAGAGAGAGAGGGGGAGAGAGAGACACAGCGGGCAGACGACGGCGAGAACCGGAGCGACGACACGCAGCGAGUCUGUCUGUCUUUGUUGGAAACCGACGGACUGGACGGCGGAUCUGUUUAUUUAGCGGAUCGGGCCGCUAGGAUAACUUCACACGGGACAAAACCCGCCUUCUUUCAUGUCAUCCGGCGAUUUGUUUCAGCCGGCGUGUUGACGCCAGUGGAGAGGGAGGGAGAUAGAGAUAGGGAGUGAGAGAGAGAGAGAGAUCGGAGGCUGCCGGAGGAACACCAUUUGACAGAUAGGCGACAUGAAUGCACGCGUUUCCGUCCACCAGCCUGCCGGGAUAGACGCAAACGGAGCGGCGUGUGAUCUGAAACGCGAUUCCAGGGGCUUGUGAUGCAGCAACGUGGCUCCGCGGCUCUGGAACGGAGGCGAGGAGGAGAUGCUCUGCUGCUCGCUUGAGCUCUUCGCACCGUAGGGCAGCGUGUUAUUGACCAUUUACACGGCGUGGAGCGCAACGAUGCCUCGAGUCACAAGUUUGUCCAAAGGCCAGACAGACCAGUGCCUCACGUUUGACCAUCUCCUUUAAAAGUGCGUUGCGAUACCCAGUUGUUGUUGGAUACAGCUCUAGUGAACGCCAGUGGCAUUUAUCCGUCAGCCCCUAUGCCCUGCUCUGCUUCAUGGUUUAGCGUUUGUUUUUGCUUUUAGAUAAACCAAAACAAAUCAGCUGAUUGCGUUUUAUGGAGGAGAUAUCUGAGCGCCCUGGCAAAUGAUUCCUAAACUGUGCAUGGAGGCAGGCCCCUAACCUUAUGCAGAUCCAAUCGAUAGUGUCACGGGGGUGUGUUUGAAGUCUAGUUUCUACACGAGCCUCACAGCAGCAGCAGAGCAGCUGCUCGGCAUUGAGAGGAGGCUGUCAAAACACUGCGCAGUCCGUUAGGAAGCGUCUCAACGACAAAAAACUUUCAAUGGUUUUCCGAAAGUUGCCCGGUGUGUCGGCAUCGGGCAUGGGUCUGCGCCUGUCCCAGAAGUUCGUCUUUCUUCUCUUUCUCUCGGGUUUGGUGACGCUCUGCUUCGGGGCCCUUUUCUUUCUGCCCGACUCUGUCCGGCUAAAGCGCAUUUUUCUGUCCAAGACGGAGAUCCAGCCGGUCACCGUGGGCUCCGGGUCCGAGAACGAUGUCAGGGAGCACUUAAAAAGACCCAGGGAGCAGGAGCAUCCCCGGGGCAUGACCUCUGCCAAGGGGGAGAGCGGCGCCAAACCGAAAAGUCUGAGCCGCAAAGCCACCGUUUCUCAUGAGGCCACCGAGGAGCGGCUCGCCGGGGGCAAAGCGCAGGAGGACCUCACUCUGCACAGGUCGAGGACGGAGUCCGCCUCGGAGAGGGUGACCUCCUCAGACCACGGUGCCAACACGGAUACUUUCAAUUACAAGAAGUUCGUGGGGUGCAUGCUCAAGCCCCCGCUGGGGAAGGACAACGGCAAACCGAGCGACCCCAAGACCGACGAGCGCCGGGAGAAAGUCAAAGAGAUGAUGAAGUUUGCCUGGGACAACUACAAGCGCUAUGCCUGGGGCAAGAACGAGCUGCGGCCUUUGACAAGGAACGGGCAUAUUGGCAACAUGUUUGGUGGCCUCAGGGGAGCAUCCAUCAUCGACUCGCUGGACACACUGUAUAUUAUGGGAUUGAUGGAAGAAUAUAACGAUGCCAAGGAGUGGGUACAGACCAGUCUGGAUCUGAACUCGAACGGCGAGGCAUCACUCUUUGAGGUGAACAUCCGUUAUGUCGGCGGGUUGCUGUCGGCGUACUACCUGACAGGAGAGGAGUUGUUCAAGAAUAAAGUACUGGAGCUGGGAGAAAAGCUGCUGCCUGCAUUCAACACGCCAACAGGAAUCCCCAGAGGAGUCAUCAACUUGGGGAGCAGUGGCACCAGUUGGAGCUGGGGCUGGGCUUCAGCCGGGAGCAGCAUCCUGGCUGAGUUUGGGACCCUUCACCUCGAAUUUGUGCAUCUGACCGAGUUGUCCAACAAUCCCAUCUACACAGAGAAGGUGAUGAACAUCAGGAAACUUCUGAACAAGAUUGAGAAACCACAUGGACUGUACCCCAACUUCCUCAGUCCAGUCAGUGGCAACUGGGUCCAGCAUCAUGUUUCCAUCGGUGGCCUUGGGGAUAGUUUCUACGAGUAUCUGAUCAAAUCAUAUCUGAUGUCAGACAAGACGGACGAAGACGCGAAGAAGAUGUACUACGGGGCUCUGGAGGCGAUCGAAGCUAACCUGGUACAGAAGUCACCUGGUGGCCUCACCUACAUGGCUGAGUGGAGGGGAGGGAUCCUCGACCACAAGAUGGGCCACCUGGCCUGUUUCUCCGGAGGAAUGAUCGGCAUCGGGGCCGACGACGGCGCACCAGAGAAGAGGCAGCACUACCUGGACCUUGCGGCUGAGAUCACACAUACAUGCCACGAGAGUUACACUCGCACAGCCACCAAACUGGGACCCGAGGCAUUCAGAUUUGACGGCGGAGCUGAAGCCACAGCGACCAGACUGAGUGACAGAUAUUACAUCCUACGACCAGAAGUCAUUGAGAGCUACAUGUACAUGUGGAGACUGACUCAUGACCCCAAAUACAGAGAGUGGGGUUGGGAGGCUGUUGAGGCUCUGGAGCAGCACUGCAGAGUGGAGUCUGGCUUCUCUGGCAUCCGGGAUGUUUACACCAUGACGGCCAGCCAUGAUAACAUGCAGCAGAGCUUCUUCCUCUCAGAGACUCUAAAGUAUCUGUACCUGCUCUUCUCUGAUGAUGACCUUCUCCCCCUGGAGGACUGGGUCUUUAACACGGAGGCCCACCCGCUGCCCAUCGUCCGCAAGAGCUGCCUGCAGGACGACGCAACACAGGAUAAGAAGGUCUCCAACUAGGACUGAACGCCGACCAACAACUGAGACAGUCACAUCUGCACAGCUCAUGUGCACACAGAGUCACACAAAUAUUGCAAACACCAGUUCAGUGCAGGUUCAGAGUCUUUUCAGGAGCGCGUUACGGACUCUCGAUUCCUUUCCAGUAAAGGAUAUUGUUGUUUUAUGCUGUGAUUGUAUAUCCUUUCGCCGGGGGUUACUUCCUGCUGGCACUUCUUUUUUGUGGACAAUCAAGACAAACAUGACUUUCAUGAAAAGAGCACCUUUUUUCUUUCCUUCUUUCCUCUGUGAGGAAACCAGUAAAACUUGCAGACCCAAAUGUAUGGGAGGAGGGGUGAACUAUGGGCCAUAUUGUUAGAAAGAGAGAAACACGUAUAGAAAACCACUUGAGUUUUGCUCGUUGAUUUUGUUGUUUCGUUAAUCUUGAGUGAUGAAUGAUUUCCUUUGACCUUGUCAUUGCAUAUUUUCCUUUGUGAGUACACUCUUUGACCAAAGGUUUCUUUGCAUUUCUGUUUCCCUUCUUUGAAGUAAAGUGUUUUUGGUGAGAUUUGAUGGAAGGUUAAAAUAUAACCAUAAGGAUUUCAAUAUUAUGUACAGACAAAAGAAACAAAAUGUGACUCUCAAAUCCACCUCCGAACUAAUGUUGAUGUCAUGUUUCUUACUGAAACAAGUUUGAAUGAAUUUUUUAAAGUUCGGAGGUGAGAAGAAAGUGGCUGUGUCUUAUGCAUCCAGGGACCAUGUUUUUUAAAAGUUGUGUUGGGUUGUGCUUGGAUUAUUUUUUUCAACAGGGCAGUGCUUUCUCAGUUCUCGCAGCCUCUCAAAUUGAAUUAACAGAGUACUUUAACUCCCGUGUCAGUAAUACAAGCAUAAAGGAAAAAGAUUGCUAACCAGCUCCAGCUCUGGUUUUCCCAUUUCUGUUGGAGUUUUCACACUUCACCCUGCCUUUACAUGUGAAUCCAUUUGACUACCAGUACCACCGUUAAAGGCUGUCAGACUGAAGAGACGAGCAUUCAUUUUCACCGCUGUUCUUUUCAUCACUGCUGUUCUGCACAGUUGUGGAGUGAGUGUGCUGUACAUACAGAUGAACUGAGUGACCCCUGUAUGAGCUUGUCUUGACUUUUAUUUUCUGUCUCUUUUUCUUUCUUUUUUCUAAACUUCAGUGGUUAUUUUUUCUGGGUUCUCUUUUGAUUUGCUUCCCUCAGGUGUUUGAGUAAAAAAAAAAAAAAAAAAAACUAAAAUGUUCUGAUUUUAAGUCUAGUUAUUGCAGAUAUUAAUUAUUGUUAUUACUUAUUCUUACUGUUUGAUUUAACUUUCAUUGUUAAAUAUUUUCAAAUACUUAUAAAAAACUGUGCAACUUUGUACAUUUAAA